UGGCAGGCCAGCACUGAUGCAGGGACAGCAGGCGCCCUGACCCCUCAGCAUGUCCGAGCUCAUUCCUCUCCAGCAUCACUGCAGCUGGGAGCCGUUUCUCCAGGGACACUUACACCCUCUGGAGUAGUGACUGGACCUGGAGCUCCAUCUUCUCAACAUCUCCGCCAAUCUUCCUUUGAGAUCCCUGAUGAUGUGCCUUUGCCGCCAGGUUGGGAGAUGGCUAAGACACCAUCCGGACAGAGAUACUUCCUUAAUCACAUUGAUCAAACAACAACAUGGCAAGAUCCUAGGAAGGCCAUGCUUUCCCAGAUGAAUGUUACAGCUCCCACCAGUCCUUCCGUGCAGCAGAACAUCAUGAACUCAGCAUCGGGCCCACUCCCCGAUGGAUGGGAACAAGCUAUGACCCAGGAUGGAGAAAUUUACUACAUAAACCAUAAGAACAAGACCACAUCUUGGCUAGACCCAAGGCUUGACCCACGCUUUGCCAUGAAUCAGCGCAUCAGCCAGAGUGCUCCAGUGAAACAGCCACCCCCCCUUGCUCCUCAGAGUCCCCAGAGUGGUGUGAUGGGGGGGAGUAGCUCCAAUCAGCAACAACAGAUGAGACUUCAGCAGCUGCAGAUGGAGAAGGAAAGGCUGAGACUGAAGCAUCAAGAACUGCUUCGGCAGGCAUUGCGGAAUAUCAAUCCCAGCACAGCAAAUUCUCCAAAACAUCAGGAAUUAGCUCUCCGCAGCCAGCUUCCCACAAUGGAACAAGACGGUGGAUCUCAAAAUCCCGUGUCAUCUCCUGGAAUGUCUCAGGAACUCAGAACAAUGACAACAAAUAGUUCUGAUCCCUUUCUUAACAGUGGAACAUAUCACUCCAGAGAUGAAAGCACAGAUAGCGGACUUAGCAUGAGCAGUUAUAGUGUGCCCAGAACGCCCGAUGACUUCUUGAACAGCGUUGAUGAGAUGGAUACAGGUGACAGUAUCAGCCAAAGUACCAUACCGUCCCAUCAGAACCGUUUCCCAGACUACCUUGAAGCCAUUCCAGGGACAAAUGUGGACCUUGGGACACUGGAAGGAGAUGGGAUGAAUAUAGAAGGAGAAGAACUGAUGCCAAGUCUGCAAGAGGCUUUGAGCUCUGACAUCCUUAAUGACAUGGAAUCUGUCUUGGCAGCCACCAAGCUAGAUAAAGAGAGUUUUCUUACUUGGUUAUAGGGGCCUCAGGGAGACUGAAUUCUAAAUCUGUGAAGGAUCUAAGGAGAACUGUAUCUGAAGUUCAGAACAAGCCAGUGUGGCACACUUUGGCUUGUGUUCAGAAAAAGUAAAUGAACAAAUAUUCAACAAGAUUCUUUCGUUUUGCUCUUCCUUGUCCAUCGCUGCUGUUAUAUAUUGCUGACUUUUUUCCACAGUUGACUCUGAAGAACCGCCAUCUUCUUGAUCUUUUUCUAUUGCUGUUGCAACUACUGUUCAAGGGGGGUGGGGAGGGAUGAUGAGCCUAUUUGGAUGACGAAUGCCAUUCCUUUUGUCCUAGUGUGCACUUGCAUAUCAUUUUAUCUAAGUACUCAGUUUUGAGAGUUAAUUUCUGCAUGUCACUGCUUGUAGUUUGCUCAGCUAGUUGUCUCCUGCUGCCUGUGGCAAGUGGUAAAACAUGACAUACUGGGGUGACAAGCCAAAAAUGAUGUAUCUGGUCAAAAGAAGUCAAUACUGAUUUGGAGAUAUGACUUAAAGGAGGGCUGAAGACUGGCAUUAAGUGUUUCUAUUAGUAGCUCUUUCAUUAGUCACAAAGUGCUCUUGUUCAUAUGUUAUAGUAAAUCAUGAGUCAUUCUACAUAGAAAGAUAUAUGAACUUUGAUUGUUGCCACAUAUUCUAGCCUAACUUUGUCAAAAAUAGUUUGAUUAUUUUUGUUAGUUGGUUUAACUGUAGCUGUAGGAUGGGAAGUAAUUAUAGGUGUUCUUUUUUUUAAAUAGUGAAAUCUAAGAGUUUUUUCUGAUUUCACAUAGUCUUAUUUAAAUCUGAAUUGUCUGCUUUUUUAUACUUAAAACAUGCCUAUUAUAGCCUGAUAAGCUAGUGAGUACAUAAACCAGUAUGUUUUGCCUGUAACUUUUUUAUUUUUUUAAAGGCUAGCUUUGAAUGUAAUCAUUAGAAUUCAUGACCAGUGGCUUAUUUUUCAUGUUUAUUUGCAUGAUUUUGAAUUAGAAU